AAUAAUUAAUGUGUGACAUACAAGUCCAUAUGUCAAUAUACUGAAUAGGCACCACAUCUACAAGGCUAAAGGAUGAAAUUGCAUCCUGUGCAUGGUUGUAGUGCCAUGUCCUGUGGCAGAAUUUUUCCAGUAUUUAAAAGUGCUUACUACCACAAUCAGGGUGAUCACCCUGACUAUGAGAAAUGUCAAAUCGACUUCUGCCAGAUCACGCGGAACUGCAACCAACGUACUCAACGACGUGAGAACCUGACAUUCCACUGUGACUUCAAAUCCUCUUCACUAUUCAGACGUUGGUAUAACGUGUGCUAGUCUCAGUUAACACCAGCCUUUCAUCUUAAUUAUAAGUUGUGUUUACUGUGCUCGCACUUAUGGCAGUGUAUCUGGACCACAAUGCAACUACUCCAGUUGCUCCAGAUGUAGUUAAGAAGAUAACAGAUUCAUUAAAUGAAGAGUGGGGCAACCCAAGCUCUGGUUAUGAGCCUGGGGUUAAAUCUAAGGAGGGUAUUGAAAAAGCAAGAAGACAAGUGGCUUUAAUGAUAGGUGGAAAUUCUGAAGACAUCAUAUUUACAUCUGGUGGAACAGAGGCCAACAAUAUGGUCAUUUUUGGAAUUGUCGAUUACUAUGAAGACUGGUUGAAGUCAGUGUCAUGUGGUAAAGGAACCACAGAUAAACCACAUGUCAUAACAACAAAUGUAGAACAUGAUUCUGUGAUGCUGCCAAUCAAGUACUUAGAAAAAAGGGGAGCAAUUGAUGUGAGUGUCGUGCCUGUAUCCCCAAAAGGUUGCGUAGUUCCACAAGAUGUAAUAUCAGAGAUCAGACAUACAACAUGCCUGGUUACUAUUAUGUUAGCAAACAAUGAGACUGGAGUCAUCAUGCCAGUAGAAGAAAUUGGCAGGUAUUUAAAAGAAGUUAACAAGCAGAGGAAGGCAGAGAAGCUGAUAAAAAUAUUGUACCACACUGAUGCUGCACAGGGUAUAGGGAAGAUCAGGGUGGAUGCUGAUGAACUAAGUGUUGACUAUCUCACCAUUGUGGGGCACAAGUUCUAUGGGCCACGCAUAGGAUGCCUUUAUGCCCAUGGACUAGGACGUGAAACGCCAGUAUAUCCACUCUUGCAUGGAGGGGGUCAAGAGCAGGGAUAUCGUCCAGGAACAGAGAACACUGCAAUGAUAGCGGGUCUUGGAGAAGCAGCACGGCUGGUGUGCGAAAACCUAACAGAAUAUUACACACAUAUGAAGGAAAUAAGAGACUAUUUGGAGGAAAAGCUUAAGGAAGCAUUUGGAGAAGAUUGUGUUGCAUUUAACUGCAGUAAAGGUGUCAGACGUCUCCCAAAUACAUGCAGUGUCUCGCUGAUAGGUGAAGGUCUUGUGGGCCAUGUGGUGCUGUCCAGAUGCACCUAUAUUAUGGCCAGUACUGUAGCUGCUUGUCACACCCAAAACAAACCGUCAGGGAUUCUGCUUGCCUCUGGUGUACCGCGUCAUCAAGCAGUGAAUGCUAUUCGUUUGAGUGUUGGAAGAGAGACAACGAGAGAUAACAUAGAUAUUGCCGUUAAAGACAUGAAGCAUUCUGUCACAGCAUUGUCAAGCAAGAAGUCACCCUAGUAAUAUUUAUUGCAGUGAAAGAUGAAGCAAAAUGGGAAAGUUGAGGAUAGUAGCAACUUAUCAGUGACAAAAAUAAGAUCAUUGGAUGAAGAUGACCUCAACUCAAACAAAAAGAAUCCACUGGAAAC